GCACAGUUUCAUUUCCUCAUCAUUUAAUUCCGUGCCUAUUCCACGGGGGCGAGGAGGAGCAAGGCAAAGUUUAGGUUCCUGUGACCUUUGAAGAUCUGGCUGUCAAGUUCUCUUCUGAUGAAUGGCAUCUCCUAGAGGAAUGGCAGAGGGAAUUUCAUCGGGAUGUGAUGAGGGAAAACUAUGAGACACUGGUCUCCCUGGGUAUGAGGCUGGCAGAUACAGUGCGGUAUGGUGUCUGGGAAUUGUAGCCAGAUGGGAUUUCCCACAGGAUUUCAAGUCAUAUCUCAGGAGGCUGCAUGAUACUAGAAGGCACCUCACCUCUUUGUCACCUAGGGCCCCUCUCUUGGGCCUAAAUUUUCUUACCUCUAAAAUAAAGAGCUUUGAAUAAAUCAGGAUUUCUCAACCCAGGGUGCAUGGGCCUUCAAGUGAUCCAUGGAUAGUGUUCAGGGGCUCUGUAAACCUGAAUGGGAAAAAAAAUACAUCUUUAUUUUCACUAACCUUUAACUGAAAUCUAAAUGUUUCUUUAACUAGAUGGUCCAAGGCCCCUUUCAGCUGUAGCAUACUUUCAUUUCUGGGCAGAGCGGCAGGAGCUCGUUAAAUAGUAUGUGUGCCAAUAAAGAAGAAAUGGAAGUAUUCCGUUAAGCUAGUUCCCUACCCUUGACUCUCCCUGCCAUUGUCUUGGCCCUUUACUAGGCAGAUUUGAACUGCAGGAGUCAUUUAGGACCUGUGAGGAAGGAAGCCAAAGGGAUUGGUCUAUUCAACACAGAUAAGGGAGGACCUUUUUAUAAUAUUUGCUGAGAGAAAAGCAACUUUCUUGCUGUAUCGCCAUUUAUCUAAAGGGUUUGCUGAUGGAAAGAUUGUGAUUUCCAUAGCAUUUGGACAAGUGAGAGAUCUCCUGAGGACUGAGGUGAGAUGGGAAAACCUCAAACUAGAACACAUGAGUAUGUAAAGGAGUAUGUGUGCCCAAGGCUUUGUGGAUAGGUAGACGCCCCCAGUUUUGUGUAUGUGUAUGGGGGAAGGGAAGGGGCUGGUUCAUAUACUGUAUUCAUGUUUCUGUGCACAAGAGUGGUACCUGGUUCCCCUUCCCAGAGUGAGGCUUCCUAUUAUCUUCCUUAGGGACAGCUCAGCUGCUUCCACUCUCUGCAUUCCUAUCCCUGACAGAACCCCAAGAGGAUAUGGGGGACAGUGGCUGUUCUGAUGGGGAAUGGGAGAGGCCUGGAGGAGGACUCCAGGAGAAAUCUGGCAAUAUGCACACACCUGCCCCUCCUCUUCAUCCCAGGAAAAGAGCUGGAGAUCUCUGAUGCUGAUGCCUGUGCGGACACCACCCAGAGGGCUCAAGCCUUGGAUGAGGCGCAGAGCUCAGGUGGGGCAGGUGAAGUGGGUCAGCAACAGGGCAGCCUUCACCUCAGUGCCCUAGUCCGUUUGGUGAAGGAGAUUCCAGAGUUCCUGUUUGGUGAAACCAAGGCCAUGGAUACCCCAGAGAUCCCUGAGAGCGAGGAAAGUGGUUCAGAGGGGGAGAGACUGAGCUUGGAAGCAGCCAUGACUGUGGAUGCCAGCCCCCUCCAGGGCUUGCUGAACUGCCUCCCAGAGAUUCCUAUCAGCAGGCCUGCCCUGGCUGUCACACCUGCCAGCAGCUCAUCUAACAGCGGUCUACAAGGGGAUGGGGACCGAGAGCUGAGGACCCCAGAGCUGGGACCCCAGACCCUGUACCCCUAUGAAACAGCUGCCAAAACUAGUCCCUUGGACAUCAGCAGGAAUGCUAAUGGGAAAGAGGAUCCAGAAAUGUCAGCUAGCCAAUCUAAUACUCCUGUUUUCACUGGCACUCAGAAACAGAAGCAGUUGGGGACCAUGAGACAAGGAAGUCCUUCUGAGAGCAGCCCUCUCCAAGACCUUAUCAACUGCCUGAAGGAAAUUCUCGUCCAAGGACCUCAGCACCCCCGGCCUCUUGCUACUGGAUCACUUCCUCAAAGCAGCCCGGGGGAUAUGAGACCAAAGACCCCAGACCAAAGACCCAGGGGCCCACCACCCUGGGCUGUGAAGGCAGAAACCAUUUCAGAAAAUUCCCCACCCCAGGGCCUGCUGAACUGUCUUAAAGAGAUUCCAGAAACUCAGGCCAGAUGUGCUGGUCUCCCAGGAGGAGGGGUGCAGCAGCAGACAGGUGGUCCAGGGACUUGGCAGAAGUAUUCUGGAGUUAAGAUGGAAGGGACCGGCGAGGACGCUUGGGCCCACAGCCCUCCGAGCUACAUCCCUGACACUCCUACUCCUGUGUCCAGCCAGCUCGGUGCACGUCCCCAUGGCUUCUCCACUAGUAACAGCGUGGAGGGUGAUGGGAACCUCCUGGGGCCAGAGGGGCCAGCUUGGACCCCAAUGAACCAAGCUGGCAGUGCCCAGAGCUCACCCUUGGAGGCCCUGGAAACCUAUCUGAAGGACAUCCCCCUGAACAGAUCACUACGACCCCAGCCACUAAGCAACUACUGGUGCCUGAGCCCUGGGCAGGUGGAGAUGGUUCAGCGAAGGUCUGACCCACGGGCCCGGAAGUGGCAUGUGGAAGCGGUGACCACAGGUUCACUGGCACCACCUGGCUAUGUGAAGGAUCUCUCUGCUCGCCGCCUGGGUCACCUUAACACCCCCAAUAGCUUCUCCUCAGCCAGCAGCACAGAUGGGGACCUGGAUCUCAGAAGCCCAGAAGGGAGUCAAGGUCGAUGGUGCAGAGAAGCAAGUCCAAUUGGGAGCUCUCCCCUCCAGGGCCUGGAGAACUGUCUCAAAGAGAUCUCCACAAACAGGCCUCACCUCAGCCAGCCUGCCUCAUUGUUGGCCCCAGCAGGGAAUGGGAUAUCGAGGAGAGUGGAACCCAGGUGCAGGACUUCAGACAAGGAAGGACUGGGGGGUGAGCCCCAUGACUUUCUCUGCGAGAGGCAAGGUGGAAAGGAGGCGCCCUCUGAGAGUCUGAACCUUGGCAACCCACGGACCAGAGUCUACAGUAGCUCCUUUGCUCCCCACCAGACUGGGGACAGAGACAAGACAACUGAAGCAGGGCCUUGGAAGUGCCUUGGGGAAGGGGCAGACCCUAAGCCCUCUCCACUUCGAUGUCUGGAAAACUCAUUGAGGGGGAUCUUGGCCAUGAGGCCCCUGCGCUUCACCUGUUUGGCCAGCCCCAGUCUUAGUUCCAGCUCUAGCCCCAGCUCCAGCCACAGCAGCAGCAGCAGCAGCAGCAGCAGCAGCAGCAGCAGCAGCGGCAGCGGUGGUUCAGAGGGAGAAGAGCAGAGGUUGGAGCCUGAGCUGUGGAGAGCUCGUCUCAAGGAGUGUUCCCUCUUCGCCAUCCCUCGGGGGCCUGUCUCUCAGGCCAGCAGCCAUCCCAGCCCCCUCACUAGCAGUACCAAUAGCCCCACAACAAACAAAGACCAGAGGAGGACUGAGCCUGGGGACUGGAGAGCUCUCAAUGCAGCUCUGAAAGCAGAGGAGACUUUGGGCUGUAGCCCCAGGCUCCAUGGGAAGGAUGUACCUGCAGAGACCUCUGGUGGGUUGCACACCCCUGGCAGCACUGAAACAGGGCCAUCUGCUGAUCCCUGUUCUGCCCCUGACCUGGAAGAAGCUCCUGAUGUGCCAACUCCCUGCCCCUCUUCUGGAGGGCCUGAGGUAGAUGAAGAAGCUGAAGGCCCGAAGGCUGUGCCUGGAGAACUGAGUGUCGCAAGUCCCAAGGAUGCUAAGCCAGACAUACCAGAGACAGAGGCCAGGGACUUGACAGGACUUGCAGUACUGGGUGCUGAAGCUAUCCUCCAGUCCAGCCCACCAGAAACACCUGAAAACAUCCAGAGCUGGGUUGGCACUUCUGCCCUGACCUCCCAGGACGCUCCAUCAUCACCAAGGCCAGAUAGAGGAAACAAGCGCCUGUGUUCUCUGGGCAAGCCUGCUGCCAACUGUUCUGCAGCUCAGAUGGGCAGGAGAAUCUCAAACCAUCAGAUUUAUGGCUCAAGUGAGAUCCCUAGUAAGACCCCACGACUGGCUUUGCCCCCUGUGACUAAUGGCCCUUCCACCUUGGCAGUUAAUUCCCCACAGUCUUCCUGCUACUGUGGGGAUGCCCUCCGGGGGGAGCUCCACAACCUUGGUGCUGCCCUCACAGAGCAGCUGACCCGCCUCUCUUCUGCCCUGGUCACUCUGUCCCAGGAUGUGUCAGCCAUGAAGAACAGCAUGAAGUUGCUGGGGCGAAACUUCCGGUCACACCAAAGGCUAGGAAGGGGAUCACGACCCUGGACUAUCUGCCGGAAAUACCAAAGGUGCUGUCAUUCUGUUCGAGGACAUCGAUUGGGACAAAAAAAGCCCACUCAGCAACAACCCCUACAAUUUGGGGGGCCGCCAAAAGGUCUAGGGGUUGGUGAUACCUCAGACUUCUUACAGCGGGAGCCCCAUAUGGUGCCACAGCUGCCUCCAGAUGCUCCCCCAGGUAUAACACCUAUGGCACUGACUGCCCCCUUUGGCCCCAGUAGUGGCUCUUCCCCCUCCUCUCUCCUCUUGUCUCCUACUUGCUCUUCAUUGCCCACUGUGCACUCACCUCAAAGACAACUAGAGGACUACCAAAGCCCACCAUCCACUCCAGUUGCUGUAUCAUCUUCCCAAAUUGCCCCUCCUCCAAGCCCAGAGGAAGGGUUCAAAUCCUGGCAGGAGCUGGAGCAGUGCAAGUGGAAAUCUGCUACGGACACAGGGAUGAAGGGAGCCUGGUCCCAGCAAUCCAGAGAGCCCUCUAGUAGGAGGCCUGGGGAAGUGAGCACAAAAGCCCAACAUGGAGGACCUGGCUAGCUAACAGGAAAGCCCAUUAGCUAAAUUCCUUUGGGAGGCAGAUGCCCUUCUUCAGGGGUCCCCUCUGGGGGGGGCAGUGCUUCAGAUGAGUCCUCCCCCCCACUUGGCUGCACAUAGAUGGUGGGGUUUCUGCCUGUUAUUCUUAUUAGUCCUAGUCUUUUCCAGGCAUUUCGGGAACAUUUUCUUCAGAGAAGAAGCAACUAUUUGGGGAUGUUUUCUUUCCCUUUUCCUUAGCUUAAGCUUCAAUGAAACCUUGAUUACAUGUUUCUCCCCACCAUUAUCCCUUUGUCCAAGAACUGCCAAAGUAAACGUAA